GCAUUCCAAGAUUUGACUCUUUUGAUAUUCAAAAUCGCCGCAACAAAUUCCUGCUUGAUUCGCCAGAAGAGUUAAUGUUGAUGAAUGUCCAACUUGCGUGCGUGUCAUGGUCUGACAGAGCACUAAAUUUCUCGCUGCAUUUCCCUCGGACCCCCUUGUACAUACGAUCAUUCGGUGUUGGACGGUAGACGACUCGAGGGCUUUUCUACGCCAACGAGAACUGUAAUGAAGUAGUUGAUCAUCGCCGGGUCCAGUGAAGCCAUCAGGCUGCUCAGAGUGCAAACAAGAGAUUGGGAAUAACUUUGCCGGAAUGGGCCAAAACAAGCGAAUUUGUAAUAGACAGGGCAGUAGGCUUUUACACUGCUUAUAGCGAAGGUGACAAAAGCCGUUACGAGAUUUAAUACUUUCUCGAGAGCAUGAACCGGAGUGCAGUCUAUCGGGUCGCUGGGGCGAGUGAUCAGGAUAAGACAUUCGGCGAUGGAUGGAGCGGCACUUUUCUCCCUCGAGCGACCGACAGAGGAAGCCCGUCAAGUGUCAAGUUUUUGUUCGAGUGAUUGCAAAGUCUGUGACACGAGCAGUGCAGUUCUCCCUAUGUGAUAAUGGCCCAGAGUCGAAUGCAGCUGGGGGAGUACGUGGUACACACCUCUUAGCACGGCAAUUACGUCUUUGACGUAGACAUCUCGCACUUGCAGCAAGCUUUCAGCAUACAGCAGAUCCUGCCAGGAAGAAAAGAUGUAUUCUGUAAAGCCGAACACUUUUUACAAUCUCCUUUCCGGCCUGCAGGACGACAUGAGCUCACGGGCUUACUUUUACUCUCAAGAAGCCACAUAGUGCUGCACUUCUAAGUGCCACGAAUCGUGGCGCACUUGCAUUCUGCCAUCAGUCUGCCCCACUCCUCAUGACAUUUUUCGACAUGGUUCGACCUCCACUCCAGUGGGCCUGAAGGGUCGAGAAAGGUCCGAGUCUGCAGGCAAAAUUUUCUCCUUCUCUCUGCACUCCAUAUUCGGGCUCGUUCUUUCUCGAAUUUCAGAAACGGAUCUCGAGCAUUUCUGCAACUGCUCUGUCCCAAUGCGGUGUUAAUGGCAGAGCAAUUUGGCCCACCUCAUCCUCUGGACCGGAUGUAUUGAGUGUCUUCGCGACGGUGGAGAGAUCAGGGAAGACAGAGGGUGAGGCAAUCGAUGGCCCUGUACUUAAUGCUCUGUAGACCGGACAUUGAAGAUCACCCACACUUUCCAGGAUUCCGUCCGAGGUCACCUUUCCCGAUCGCAUGCAUCUCGUCUUCCGAACUCCGUCACAGUCCGGGAGCUCGCUCUUGCAUCGUCGGGGCAAGGUGCUGAAUUACCCCCUAUGUUGGCCCCUGCCUAUUGUCGGGCCUAGACGGCAAGAGCAACGUGCUGAAUGGCAACCUAUGUCGCCCCCGCCUGCUCUCGAGCCUAUCAUACUUUCCCUCACUUGCCUCUCUGGUGCGCUCCGAGACGUCCCAGUCGGCAUAUUUCGACAUAAAAUAUUGCGCAUCCGUGCGGAGUCCAAAUAUUUUAACUUAUACGUAGCCUGCGAGAAUGUUUGAAGAAGAUGCUCCGCCGUAGAUUCCAAAUCCGUCCAGGUUUAAGCGAGUCUGAGCACUGCUUCAGUCAUUCCAGAGAUGCAAUCCUCGGAGGGAAUUGCGGUUUUCGUGCGCGGACGACAACGGAACCUUCACAACCGGAGCACCCUUGUGUCGAAGAGUAGGAAUCCGGGAUCUGUGAGGCUAGGAAACCUCAGUCUUCUAUUUCUGUUCGCUGUGUACCCCAGCUUCUGCCAUGGCUUGUCCAGUUCCGACGAAGGCUCAUUCACUUCGUAUACCAGCAAGGGCAGUAAUUGUCUGCACGCGCACUCCGUAAGCGCAGGGGACUCUUGUACUUCCAUUCGCCUGAGCAGCAAUGUCACUCAGGCUCAGCUGCUGUUGUUGAAUCCGGACCUCAACUGCAAAAAAUUAAAUGCCGGGCAGUCUCUGUGCGUGCAAGGAAUUCCGCCCAACUGCAAGAAAAAAAUCAGAGUGUUCCGCGGCAACAACAGUGCCGGAGGCUGCGAAGAAAUUGCAGCCAUAGCCGAAUUGACACCCCCGGAGCUACUAUCCAUCAAUCCGGGUCUAAUCUGCCCAGACUCGGAAAAUCAGAGUAGCGUCUGGUCGAGCUCCCGAGAGGUUUGCGUAGCCAGGGGGCCUGGCAGCGUUUUCAUCGAGUACAUGGGGGCGUCCGGCAAGUCCAUCUCGUUCGACGACAUGCAAGCGGUCGUGAACGCGUCCAAGGCCGUGUUCCAUGUAGCCUUAGGUUUCGUGAUCGAUUACGACCGUGACGGGAACUAUAAGAACGGCACGUUUUCCAAAUUCUGGAACGAUGAUCUGACACCUGCAUCCGCCAAAGCUUUUAAGAAGAAGAAUCCUGGAGUCCGGCUGCUGAUGAGUUUGGGAGGAGACUCUUUGUGGGUGAACGACAGUCUGACCGUGGACGUGGACUGGUUGGACCCUCCUGAUCCCGAAGCUUGGAUAGACAAUGCUCAGGCGUCGCUGACAGGUCUCGCCGAGCUCUACAAUAUCGACGGGAUCGACAUCGACUUCGAGCACUUCCCGGCGGACUACUCUGUUUCGAAUUCCGCCUUCACUUUCUGCAUCGGUACGUUGAUUCAGAAGCUCAAAGACAACAAUACCAUCGGCAUUGCGACCAUCGCUCCUUUCGGAUCCGUUAUGCCGCAGUACCAAGACCUCAUGGCCAAUUUCGGCGAUCUCAUCGACUACAUCAGCUUCCAGUUCUACGCCUACGACUUGCCCACCACAGCCGACUACGUUCAAACCUUCCGAGCGACCACGCUCUUUUUUGAUCCGGCCAAGCUCCUCGCCAGCACACAGAUCAACGGCACGCGCAGCAUUACGGGAACGCAGUUUCGAAAUGCUGUAAAUUUGUUGCAGGAGGAAGAUGGCCUUCUGGGGGUGAUGCUGUAUGACGCUGACGCCUCUAGAAGUCUAAAUUUCGCGGAAGAGAAAGGCGUUCUUGCUCUGAUUCCUGGACCAUACGAUGGAUCCCUUCCUGCUCCGACUCCCCCUCCACCACCUUUGUCUCAAGGAAGGAGAUCGUCUGACGACAGUUUUCAGCGGCGAUGGCUGCUGACCUUCAGUUUUUGGGUUGCAGUAGUCAUGUACAAUAUCCUCCACACGUAAUCUACAGGAUAGGUGGGUUUUGGCCAAGCGGAUUGCACUGUUGCGAUUUUGAUCUGGACUCUUGCUAUCUCUUUCAUCCACAUAAGUGGAAAGAAGAUUGAUUCCAAAUUUAGCUCAGCUCUGCUCUCUAAUGUCUCCAGUGAUAUAAGGAAACAAGGGCAAACCAGGACCAAAGUUGGAACAGUGCUUUUGUUAGACAUUUCCUGAAAGUUGUGGGCCUCUCAAGACAAGAUCCGAGCAAACUAGGACACAUGCAAUUUCUUCAUGGAACCGGAGUAUACUUACAGAAUCGAGUCUAGUGAUUCUACUUCAUUUCGAGUUCAAUUCGAACUGUUGAAUAAUAUAAGAAAAAAUACACAUUCUCCUGGCCAAGACCGG